AUGUCGAGCAAAUAUUAUCGAGAAGCAUUAGCUCUAUUUCAUCAGUGUUCAAAAAAUGAGGAUCGUGUCGAUUUAGCUAAUAAAGUAUUUAAUGAAGCAUGUAACGAAGCAUUAGCAAUUACUAAAAGUUGUCCUCGUGAAUUGGAAGAAUUUCUUCCUCACGUAUCGGCGUUAACUUGUCUGACAACCUACUUUGAAAAAUUAUCUGAUGAUUUUGAUGAUUUAAUCAAUGAUAAAGGAACAUGUUACUUAUUGGAAAAACUACUUCGACGUCUACCAUCAAUGAUUGAUAAAGAAAAAAUCAACAAUAGUGAACUUAUUGAAAGACUUCAUAUUGCUUAUGAUCAAUUAUUCUCAUGUAUAUGCACAAAUUUUUUAACAUAUUUACAACAAAUCGGUUCAUGCCAUAUUAUCGUUGCAACUAUCGAAUUUUUACAUAUGGAAAAUGUUGAGCAAUUUGAUAAUGAAUAUGAACGGUUGAUUGAUGGUGGAGCAACACCAUUGAAAUAUUAUGAACUACCAACAGAAUGGAAUAUCAAAGAUAAACUUCGUCAAAUCACAAAUUAUUUUUUUAACGAAGAAAUAGCUGAUUUAGCAUUAUUAUUAAAUGAUCCUGGUACUGCUAUGGUAUUUGCAUCAAUAUUACGUAUUUGUGGAUUUUUAUAUGAGAAAAAAUAUAAAAAACUAUUAAAACAACUAUUUAAACUGACUAGAUCAACAUUUGAACUUACAGAUUAUGUAUUAGAUAAAAAUGCGUCUUAUGUGUUCGAGAUUAUACUUCAAUUUGAUUCUAUUCAACGGAAUGAUAUUUUAUAUCCGUUAAUUUUAUCUAAAACGGAUGAAUUUUGUUUACAUUCAAUUGGAAAUUAUUUUAUUCAAAAACUAUUGAUGACAACUACUGACAUAUCGAUAAUUUCACAAUUAUAUCAAAACAUUAUUACUGAAAAAUUUCAUAUAUUAAUAGAGCAAUGCCAUAUAAACAUGUUAAUAACAUUUAUUCGAGUAUGCGAACGUUUUAAUUAUAAAUAUGAUGAUUUAAUUAAACAUUACCGAAAAUAUUUGAAUUGUAAGAAAAAAAAUCAUGACUUUGUUCAACGUGUACUUCAAUCUAAUAUGAAGACAAAUAAUAAUGAAGAUAAUUCAGAUGGACAACAUAAGACAACAGUAUCACAAAAUCAAUCAUCCAUAUUUAUUACAAAAAAUGGUUCAUUAGUAUUACAAGCAUUAUUACGUGCAAAGAUCGUUGAUUCAUUAACGAAAACAUCAUUGGAAAAUUUGACUGGUGAACAAAUCAAUUCUAUUGCUUGUGAUCCAAAUGGAUCUCAUUUAUUGUGUCAAUUAAUAAAAAAAUGUACAUUGUGGUUUAAUGGCAAAGAAUUUCGUCAACAAUUUUAUACAAAACUUGAAUCAUAUUAUUCUAAAAUGGCAUGUGAUAAAUUUGGAUCAUGGGUGAUAGAUACAUUAUGGACUAAUGCCAAUAUUGAACAGAAAAUAAAAAUAGCUGAUAAAAUGUCAGAUGAAUUUAAUAUAUUGCGAUCAAAUCAAUAUGGAAAAUUUAUAACAUAUAAAAUGAAUUUGAAUGCAUACUGUUUACGACCUGAACAAUGGAAAACAAAUUUAAAUCUAAUCGCAAAAAAACAUAUGUUAUGCGAUGAGAUAGAAGAUGGAAUAACAAAUAAAAAUCGAAAAAAGUUCAAGAAAAAUUUAUCAACUUAA